UCCUCCCUCAUUCCUCGCUUCUUGAUUUCUUCUUCUCCUUCUUUAGGAUCGGAAACGAGAGGAGGAGGGGGAAGAAGAAGAAGAAGAGUAAGGACAGAGGGUUGAAGUAGAUUGGGUCGUCAUUCCCUCUGAUUCUCUCUUCGAGUUCGUCGCCAAAGAUCGCCACCAUGGGAACCGAGGUGUUGCGCCCCCAGGACUGCCUCGUCCGCCCUUCCCCCACCCUCCGAAACCACAAGCCCCUUCGCAGGAGGAGGGACGCCUCCCCCAAGGAGCCGGCCAAGCCCCGCUCCCUCGCUGGCGCAGCCCGUCUGGCAAUGGGACGGGUGACGAUCCUCCGCCGGGGCGAGUCACUGGAGGCCAUGAAGGCGAAGAAGGGCGAGCCGACGUCCACUCCCGUCGCCGACUUGGACCGCGCGGUGUUAGGCGCGGAACCGCUGGGUCCGGAUCCGGCCACGAUCCCCAGGGAAUUUCGGCUUCUGCCGCCUGUGGCCGCGCCGCUGCUUCCGGACGACAUGGACGCGGCAACCGGGUUCGUUCUCUCGCCGUCGCCUCGUGCUCUGCCGCUGCCGCGCUUCUCGAGGAGGAAAGAAGGAUCCCCGGCGACGGCGGCCGUGGUGGAUUGCUCGGCCACCAGGGACCUGCGGCGGUUGCUUCGGCUGGAAUGAGAUGGCGUGGAGAUCAAAUCCGAAUUUGUCAUUUGUUUCGUGCGAGUUUUGGAAGCACGUAUUAAAUUAAAUAUGUUGAUGGGUGGGGGGAAAAAUAAAUUUAGAGAAUAAAUUUUAAUCUAUGUAAAAAUUGUUGUCUCAAUGUGGUUUGGUGGUGGCUUCAAAUCCAACCAUGAGUAUGUAUGUUAAAUGAAACAUAGUAGAAACCAAUAUUGAUUGC